GUGAGGAGGGUGGCGUGUGUCAGAGGAGGCUCGGAUUUAGCCGGUGAAUACGGUGGAAAAAUGGCGGAUAUAUUGACACUGUUCACGUCCAUUGGGCUCAGUGAGCAGAAAGCGAAAGAAACGCUGAAAAAUGAGGCGCUGAGUUGCGCCCUGAAGGACGCUAUUGUACAGGCUCAGCGUGUCAGUGGGCCAUCAGGAGUGGACAAAGCCAUCGGUACUUUGCUGUACAGUAUGGCCUCUCGCCUUAAAGACCCCGAACGCCUGGUGUUCCUGUCAGACAGCAUAGUUCAGUGCAAAAUCUGCACAGAGCUCCAGCUGGCAGCUGCACUGGAAUUUGUGAAGCGUCAUCCUCAGGACCCCAUCAACCAGAGGGAGUUUGAAGAGGCAUGUGGAGUGGGCGUUGUCAUUACACCGGAGCAGAUCGAAGAAGCCGUGGAGUCAGUGAUCAAGAAGCACAAGGAACCUCUGUUGAAGGAGAGGUACCACUUCAACAUGGGACUGCUAAUGGGAGAGGCUCGCUCUGCUCUGAAGUGGGCUGAUGGGAAGGUCAUCAAGAAUGAGGUGGACAUGCAGGUGCUGCACCUCUUAGGUCCCAAGACAGAAGCUGACCUGGAGAAGAAACUGAAGCCCCAGAAAGCCAAAGUGGCAGGCGGUGAGGUCAAGGUGAAGAAAGAGGAGGUGGCAGUGGCUGAUGAGGGGAUGACUGGGGAGGGAAAGCCUCUGAUGGAGCAGCUCAGAGGAGAGUCGCUGAAGUUCCAUAAACCAGGAGAGAACUAUAAAUCCGAGGGCUACGUGAUCACAGCAAACACAAUGGAUUUACUUAAAAAGCACAUGGAGCUCACUGGUGGACAGAUCCGUACUCGUUUUCCUCCUGAGCCCAACGGGAUCCUUCACAUUGGACACGCCAAAGCCAUCAACUUCAAUUUUGGUUAUGCAAAGGCAAACAACGGAAUUUGCUUCUUGAGGUAUGACGACACAAAUCCAGAGAAGGAGGAGGAGAAAUACUUCACUGCUAUCAAGGACAUGGUGGAGUGGCUUGGCUACCAGCCUCAUGCUGUCACGCACGCAUCCGACAACUUUCAGCAACUCUACGACCUCGCUGUGGAUCUCGUCCACAGGGGUCACGCGUACGUGUGCCACCAGAAAGGGGAGGCACUAAAGGGCCACAACUCUCCUCCAUCGCCGUGGAGAGACCGACCCAUCGAGGAGUCGCUGGUGCUGUUUGAUCAGAUGAAGAAGGGGCUGUUUGCUGAGGGAGAGGCCACGCUCAGGAUGAAGACCGUCAUGGAGGACGGGAAGCUGGACCCCGUGGCGUACAGGAUCAAAUACACGGCGCAUCAUCGAACGGGAGACGAAUGGUGCAUCUACCCCACUUAUGACUACACCCACUGUCUGUGUGACUCUAUCGAAAACAUCACGCACUCACUCUGCACCAAAGAGUUUCAGGCCAGGCGUUCGUCGUAUUUCUGGCUGUGCAACGCUCUGGACUUGUACUGUCCUGUUCAGUGGGAAUACGGCCGCUUGAACCUCACCUACACCGUCGUGUCAAAGAGGAAAAUCAUCAGACUGGUGGAGGCUGGUGUCGUCAGAGACUGGGACGAUCCCCGACUCUUCACUCUGACCGCGCUGAAAAGAAGAGGUUUCCCACCAGAGGCGAUUAACAACUUCUGUGCACGGGUCGGAGUCACGGUUUCUCAGACAACGACAGAGCCCCACCUCCUGGAGGCGUGUGUGAGGGACGUUCUGAACGACACGGCGCCAAGAGCCAUGGCCGUGCUGGACCCACUCAAAGUCACCAUAACCAACCUCCCUCAGAAUUCAAAGUUAGAUGUACGAGUGCCGGACUUUCCUGCCAACGAGGCCAAAGGCAGCCACACCGUCCCGUUCACUCGCACAAUCUUCAUUGAACAGGGUGACUUCAGAGAGGUGAUGGAGAAGGGCUACAAGCGUUUGACUCCAGACCAGCCUGUAGGUCUGAGGCAUGCUGGGUAUGUCAUCUCCUUCCAGAAGGUCAUCAAGGACUCUCGGGGUAAAGUGGUCGAGCUGGAGGUGACCUGUAGCAGUUCUGACAGUGCAGCGAAACCGAAGGCCUUCAUCCACUGGGUCAGCCAGCCGUUGAUGUGUGAAGUGCGCCUUUAUGAGAGACUGUUCGUGCACAAAAAUCCAGAGGAUCAGUCUGUUGUUCCCAACGGCUUCCUGACUGACAUCAACCCUAGUUCCCUGCAUGUGAUCGGCGGUGCCUUAGUGGAUACCUCUGUGAAGGGAGCAACGGUUUUAGACAAAUUCCAGUUUGAGAGAGUUGGCUACUUCUCCCUGGACCCCGACAGCACCGCAGAUAAGCUCGUCUUCAACAGAACAGUCACCCUCAAAGAAGACCCCGGGAAGAUCUGAUCCACUGAUUGAUCAAACUGCACUUCCUGCUUCCCAUGAGCCCACAGACACAUGUCCAAAUAGUUUGCAUCACUUAAUGUGUCAUUUUAACGAGGGCACAGACUGCUCAGGCUGAAUCAAAUGAGGUGCUAUAAUAAUUACAUCCCCUGUAUUUCUGAAAUGCGGUUCCCUUUCAUGGAUCUGUCUCUCUGAAGUUGUUCUAUAUCACAAUAAGAUUCACAUGCAGUGUUUCUUCUUUGUUGAAUGUAUGCAGCUUUGAUCAUUAAGGUCCUUGUGUAUAUUUAUUUAAUAUUGCACAGAGGAGAUGCUUUCAAAUACUGCUUUCAUUACUUUUUUAAAAAGGUGGGAGAUCACUGCCAAACCAUCAUGUGCAUAUUUUUAAAGACCUUUGUCCUUUUGACAGGAGACAAGAAUAAAUCCUAAAAAAAACAUGCAAUGUCUCUGUGUUC